UGUGCGCUUUGCAGGCUUCAAAAGCCAUAAUUGCUCUCCGCAGAUUUUGAUUUGAUUUGGCGGCUAUCUUAGCGGCGAAGCCCAUUGAUAGUUCAAAAUCCUCCUUUCUUGCUAUCUGAAUAAGAACUUCCAUGAUCUAAGCAAUGAAAAAGCUAAAGUUAGAAGGAUAUAUGAUGGCCAAAAUGACAUGUUACAUUUAUAGUUAAUGUUCAUGCAAAUUAUAUUAGAUUGUACUAUUUUUACACUUACUUCAUGAGUUAUAGGAGCUGAAACUUCAACAACUUUGCUGCGACUUUUAACUGAGUCAAGUAUGGCCACAUCAUCUUCACAGCAGAGAAUGAGUUUGCAAGCAUCUGAAUAGCAGUCCAUUAUCCAUUUUAUUAAGUGCUGCAUGUUCUCCUCGGCUUUGUCCACAUUAUAAAGAACUAUUACUGGGUCAGUGGAUACUCUGAAGUUAUUUGCUUAACUAAAGCCAUGAUUGCAUAUCUAGCGUUAGGCUCCAACUGAAGGUUGAGCUCGAUAUGGUGAGGACUUGAGCUUACUGGUACUACAACUUGCACUGGCCUUGUUUCCUAUCAGCAAAUCGCCGAAAAGAUUGCAUUUCCAUAGAUUUCACGCAAAAGAGCCAUCGUGAGCGCUCUCCUCCCAGAACCAGGAGGACCCUUGAAUAAGAUCUGUGGAAGGAUUUCAUUUGAAGAAACCUGAAAGAGAAGUCAUUAGAAAACCAAGAAACUUGUGAUAGCAGAAAAAUGUAAUCAAAAAAUAUCCUUUGAUUCAUCAGAAAAAAGGAGUUUAGAUCAUAUUUACCAGGUCUUUAAGCAGUAAAGCUUCUUGUUUGUGGCAAGUGAAUCCUUCCAGUGAAGCAGGUUGAUGCUUAUCAGCCCAGAAGGGUCUCAGACUUUCAACUAUAGAUGAUUUGGCAAUAACUAAAGCUUCAUCGAUCGGUCGCCCUCUUUCCGGAGAUUCUCUUCUUGAGGUUCUACAAGGUCCCUUCUUGAUACAAGAAAACCAUGCUUCUGAUUGCUUGUUUUGCCUGUUCGCGGUGAACUUUUUCAUGCUUGCUGUUGUCCUUCCACUAGCAUCACUCAAAUUACCGCUUUGCCUACUUAUGAAAGUGCUGGCGCUUAUAGUUGUUUGACACAUAGUAUUACUAGAUAAAUUCCCUUUUCCACUUUGAUUGAAAUUGGCCGGUGUCUUCACAGAUUCAACAUUUCUAUCAAUCAGCACCUGAGGCUUUUUAUCGACUUUCCUUUCAGUAAUCUUCUGCAUGUUCAAGGCUGCAUAGUCCCGAGAAAAGAAAAUAUCACCAGCCUUUUCAGGAGAAUGAAGUUCACCAUCAUCGAUAUCUCUGCCAGGCUUAUAAGGAGACUUAGUAGUUCUCCUUCGAGCAGGUUCUUCAGAAUCCAUGUUUUUUUCAUUCUUUGCAUUUGCUUCCCGGUGUGGACUCUUCUCCAACGUCCAGUCUGUCUCCGUAUCUGAUGGCUCGUAACCACUUCUUCUCUGCCUCAUGGUCGAUGAGAUAUUUAGUUGUAGAUCUCUGUUAUACCUUGAAGCUCUCUCCAUUUAGUAGGAGUUUUCUCCCUUAGCUAUGAUUUGAACACUCGAAAUUCAAACAAUUUGUUGGUCUAAAAGGAAAAAGAUAAUCAUAGGUGGGAAUUAGCAUCCAACAUAUUCAUGAAGACAGCAAGAUACAUAGAAUGGUGACAAGAAUUAUAUUAAACCAAUUACUGUAACUUUUUUGUGAAAAGCACAAGGAAAACAACAGCUAUGAUGCCGUAGAUGUAAUUAAAAAUAACAAAUAAAAAUGUGCUCUCUUUACUGGCUUAAUUUUUUUAGACAAAGUGGUUACAUAGUUUUUAACAUGGUAUUAAAAUAGACAGAUUUCAUGAGUUCAAGUCCUGCCGUACUUUAAGGGCAUAUUGAAGAUAUAAUUAAGAAAAUAAAAAAGUGGUCUCUAUAAUAGUUUAAGCUUCUUGGAUAAAAUGAUCACCAUAAUUCAACAUAUGAUUUCACAUUGAGUGGAACGGGAAUAUUCUGACGUGGAUACAAAAUGGGUGAAGAGAACAAGGCCAGACAACAAAGGUUGGAAAAAUGUCACAGUAAAAUAUGAAAGAAUGAUGAACACAAAGCAGAAACAUUGGUGAAGACGAUGAGCUGAAGGAGAAUUAAAACCAGAUAAUUUAGCAUACAGCAAGCUGUUGAUCAUUGUGUGCAGCAUUUGUUUAUUACAAGGAUGUUCUGAAACUUCUAAGCACAUUGUUUUUGUCCUCUCUGCAUGACAAAAGGAUUCCCUAAAUCCCUAUCCUGGUCUUACAUUGUUUCUGAGAAAGAAAUAAUUGUCUUUUCAGAAAAAAAGAAACACAUGAGAAUCUUCUAAACUGCCAUCAACUUCUAAGUACUUCAACUGUUCGCAAAGUCCAUAUAGAUUCUUGAAUCCUUCCAGUUGGUAAGUAUAAUCAACGUCAACUUCUUGUGCCACGGCAAGGACAGACUGAUAGGUAACAGGUUAGCUGUACCUACUUCAUUUCAGUAAGCUUUUCAUUUAACCUUAAACCAGUCCAAUUCUUGAUUAUUAUGUGCCAUUCAUUGAUUUGAGUUUUGAUCUCUCUUUCUCUUUUUUUUUUUUUUUUUUGAAGGGGGCAGAUUGGAAUUAAAUAGAAGGAACUUUGCUGCUAAUAGAAUUGUUUCUUCUGGUACUCCAGUUAUGACCCCUUCUGUAGUUGCUGAAUCCUCUCAAGGCUUGCAGCAAUUACCAUUUAAACCAGAGGGGUACAACUAUUGGACAUGGCGAGGAUACAAAAUUCAUUAUGUGGAGGAAGGAGAAGGGUUUCCAAUUGUUCUGAUUCAUGGAUUUGCUUCUUCCUCUUUUCAUUGGAGGUAUAACAUACCCCAAUUGGCUAAAAGAUACAAGGUUUAUGCUGUGGAUUUGCUAGGAUUUGGCUGCAGCGAAAAGGCACGAAUAGACUAUGAUGCCUUGAUUUGGAGAGACCAGGUUGUCGACUUCUUAAAGGAGAUAGUUAAACAACCCUCUGUUUUAGUUGGGAACAGUCUUGGAGGGUUUACUACUUUGUUAGCAGCAGCAGCACUGCCAGAUCAAGUCAAGGGAGUUUCCUUAUUAAAUAGUGCAGGACGAUUUGGGGAUGACAUUAGUACAACUGAUAAAACUGAAGAGACAGCCUUGCAUAAGUUCAUUGUAAAGCCAGUGGAAGAAAUUUUUCAGCGUGUUGUUGUCAGAUUGGCGUUCUGGCUAACCAUGCGACCAGACCAUAUUGAAGCUCAGCUGAAGAGUUGUGUCUAUAAAAACCAUUCAAAUGUGGAUGAAGACCUCAUCAAUUCAAUUGUUAGGCCUGCAGCCGACCCAUAUGCAUGGGAAGUUUAUUACCGACUGGUAAAACAACUCAUGUCAAACCCAACAAAGUAUACACUUGACAGUGUGUUGAGCCAACUCUCUUGCCCAUUGUUGUUGUUGUGGGGUGACCUAGACCCUUUGGUACUUCAUGAUCAUGAUCGUACAAAGGCAAAUAGAAUUACUGAUUUCUACCCGAACACAUCCCUUGUAAACUUGCAGGCAGGGCAUUACCCCCAGGAUGAAGUCCCAGAACCAGUGAAUAAAGCUUUAUUAGAUUGGUUGUCAACCUUGGAUAUAUCAGCACAUUCUCUGGAAGGAGCAUCAGAAAUUUAGCCUCAUUGCUAAGAAAUGCAAUGAGCUUUGUUUUUAUUGUGUACAGCUCUCCAAUAUGAAAUUUUAGUGAUCCUACGAGAUCAGAUAAUUAAAACUUGCUUUUUUUUUUUUUCCUUUUCCUGAAUAAGAUUGCAUAGCAGCAGGUCGCUUUAAGACAUUGAAGAUUGGAGAGUUGAUUAGACUGAGCUCUAGCGAAGAUCACACUCAGUAAGCCAUGAAAUGAUGAAAGACUGAAAUUCUUCCUCUCUGGAAAACUUCUAUAUAUGCUUCACGAAGUUCCUACUAUACUGGUUCUCUUCCCACUACAUAAUGUACAUCACAAGGAAAAUAAGAAUCAUAUCUUUUGAUGAAAGAUUGAACUUGGACUUUGAUAGUUGGCUAUUCAAUGAAUUUAUUCUAUUCAACAGGGCUCAAGCAUUUCAAAUUUCAAGUACAGUUCUAAGUUCGAGUAAAAACACAUUGAUAGUGUAAAAUUCUUCACACAACGGCGUAAGGCAGCAAUAAUUGAGAUACUCAAAUAUUUUAUGUAAGACUUGAAUCUUUUGUUUACUCCAAAGAGACUGA